AUGGCUUCGAAGAAUGAGCGAUAUCGCGUUUUACUCGUUGGCUCUGGAGGUCGAGAGCAUGCAAUUGCCUGGAAGUUGGCGCAAUCACCCCUACUGGAGAAAACCUACGCAUCACCCGGGAACCCUGGCAUUGCGAAAGAGCCGAAGACAGAGAUCGUUCCAAAGAGCGAAGUAAGCCCCGACGACUUCCCAGCGCUUGUAAGGUUCGCUACGGACAAGUCCAUCAACCUGGUGGUAGUUGGCCCAGAGGUGCCAAUCUGCAAUGGCAUCGCGGAUUACUUUCGCGCUGUGGGCAUCAGAUGCUUUGCGCCAUCGAUACGGGCAGCCCGGCUGGAAGGUUCGAAAGCCUUUUCGAAAAACUUCAUGAUCAGAAACUCGAUCCCAACAGCAAAGUUCCAGACGCACAACGACUAUGAAAGUGCCAAGAUGUAUCUUGAUGAGGUAAAUUUUCGAACCUGCCUAAAAGCAAGUGGCCUCGCUGCGGGUAAAGGAGUCCUGCUGCCAUCGACGAAAGAAGAGGCUCACGAAGGACUCAAGGAUCUGAUGAUCGAAAAAAAAUUCGGUGGAGCUGGCAACGAAGUAGUCAUCGAACAGUACCUUUCAGGGCACGAAGUUUCUAUCAUCAGCUUCUGUGAUGCAUAUACGAUCAAGAGUCUUCCCGUGGGGCAGGAUCAUAAAGCAGCGGGCGAUGGAGAUAGUGGACCCAAUACGGGUGGAAUGGGAGUCUACUCUCCAUUGCCAAAGUCAAUCAUUUCUGACGCUCUGCUCACGAAAAUACACGAGACGAUACUUCAGCCAACUAUCGACGCUCUUAGAAGAGAACGCAUGCCCUUUUGCGGCUGGUUGUUUACUGGUUUGAUGCUUGGUGACAAUGGAGAAAUCAACGUCCUUGAAUAUAAUACGAGGGGCGGUGAUCCCGAAAUCGAGACUCUACUCCCUUUGAUGGAGUCAGAUCUUCUAGAGGUUAUGGUUGCAUGUACCGAUAAUUACCUUGACACUGUCGAUGUUAAAUGCAGCAAUGCUACAGCAGUGACUGUCAUAGCCGCAGCCUCGGGGUACCCUGGCCCUUUUGCAAAGGACGACCUUAUAUCCAUUGAUCAUAGCGCAAUCAAUCCCGAGACCGACCACAUAUUCUACGCCGGCACCACUCGCGACUCCGCUGGCCAACUCCUGACAUCCGGCGGCCGCGUCUUCGCAGCCACAAGCACCGGCCCCACCCUCGAAGCCGCCCUCCAAUCCGCCUAUAAACUCAUAUCCUCCAUCACCUUCAAAGGCAUGCACUAUCGUACCGACAUCGGCCACAAAGCCCUUCCCCACCUCAAAAACACCACCACCACGGCCAAAGACGUCCUUUCCGUCUACGCCUCCGCCGGCGUCUCCAUCGAAGCCGGCAAUACCCUGGUCAAACAAAUCUCUGGGUACGUGAGAUCAACAGACCGGCCAGGCGCAUCAACAGAGCUAGGUGGUUUCGGAGCGAUGUUCGAUCUCGAAGCCGCCGGCUACACUACUCCACCAACACUCGUAGUAAGCUCCGAUGGCGUGGGCACGAAGCUUUUGAUCGCGCAAGCGGUGGGAAAGCAUGAUACCAUAGGGCAAGAUUUAGCAGCAAUGCUAUAUAACGAUAUAAUCUGUCAGGGCGCCGAGCCCCUCAUGAUGGCAGACAUCUACUCUUGCGCCCACCUCGACAUCUCCACCGCCGCCUCCGUCAUCCGUGGGAUCUGCGCCGCGUGCAAACUCGCAAACUGUGCCCUCGUGGGUGGUGAAACCGCCGAAAUCCGCGGCAUAAUCAAAGACGGCGUUUACGACGUCUGCGGCACGGCGAUUGGAGCAAUUAGGGAGGGGGAUAAGAUGCUGCCGUUGAAAGAUGAGAUGAGAGCCGGAGAUAUUCUCGUGGGCUUGGCGAGUAGUGGGUGCCAUAGCAAUGGCUUCAGCUUGAUACGGAAGAUUGUUGAGGGACAGGGGCUGAGGUAUAGUGAUCCGGCGCCGUGGGAGCAGGGGAGUGGGAGGAGCGUGGGCGAGGCGCUGCUGGAGCCGACGAGGAUUUAUGUGCGGAGCGUGCUUGGGGUUGUCAAGAAUGGAUUGAUCAAAGGAGCUGCGCAUAUCACGGGCGGUGGCCUUCUCGAAAACAUCCCCCGAAUGCACGACAAGAACCUUGCCUCAGAGCUUGACGCUGCGACAUGGCCAAUCCCUAGCGUCUUCAAAUGGCUCAAGAAAGCAGGGAGCAUGGACAAUGACGAGUUUGCAAGGGUGUUCAACACCGGCCUGGGCAUGGUGCUCAUUGUUUCUCCAGAAAGCCAAGAGGAGGUCCUCGAAGAUCUGGAAAAGGCUGGCGAGACAGUAUAUGUAGUUGGCAAAAUGGUGGAGAGGGCGGACGGAGAAGGCUGUGUCAUUCAAGGGAUGGAGAUAUGGGAUCAGUAG